AUGCAACACAACACCUUCUUCUACGAUCCACAAGGAAGCGGCGGCGGGAACAAUCAACCACCUCAACAACAACAUGCUCAAUCUUUCAAUCAUCAUCAUUCUCAUCCCUCUCAUCAAUACAAUCCAUACGAUCCUAAUAAUCAAAUAUUAUCUUUUCCUCCUCCUCCGAAUCAACCUUGGUCAGCCAAUCAAUCAGAAAUUAAUUAUUCAUCAUCAAAUUCUGGUGGUGGUGGUGGUGCUGCUAAUGGAAAUAUGAAUGAUUUUUCUGGUGGUGCUACAACAACAACAGGUUCUCUUUUUGAUGGAGUGAAGAGUUUUUUCAGUGGAUUAUUGACUCAGAAUGAUUUUACUCAAGUAAAACAUGAUGAUAAUGAUGAUGAUAUUGAUUCGGAUGAAGAAUCGGAUGAAGAUCCAGAACAACAGGUUAAACAAUUGUAUGGUGUAAAUAUUAAAAAAGAAAGUUUGGAAAAGAGUAAGAAACAAUCGACUUCAUCAACUCAACUUGAUGAACAGGAGGAAGAUGAAGUGCCAAUGGCCAUUUCGAGAAUAGUUUCAACGAAUGGGAAAGGACAGACUUUGACUCUGAACAAGGAUUUUGAUAUUUCGAAAUGCACAAAACUAGCAGUAAAACUGAGAUAUGAAAAGACAGCUGUUGAAAAGGAGAUGGAAAAUGAAAGAGCUUGGUCAGUGCUGAGACAUACUAGAACAGCACAAGAAGAAGAUUCGGCUAAUAAUCAUAGAAUGAAGACGAAACAAAAGUUUUUCGAUAAUGAUGAUUAUGGUUUCUAUGAUGAAUUAGCGAGAGAGGAUUCAAUUUCUAGAGAAGUGAAAGAGUCAGCAAAAUCACACACAACAAAGGAGGAAACCAUUGAAGUGGAUGUGCCAUACACAAUGUAUGCAGUGGCAUAUUCUAGUUUUGGAGCUCCAAUUUGUUAUUUUGCCUCCGAUCAAAGUAAUGGACCAAGAACAUUUCACAGUAUUGCUUCCAUUCCCAAGCAUGAAAAGACCCUGAAGAAGAAAGGAUUAAAAUUGGAUGAAAUUUCUGCAUUCGAAAGUAUUUCAUUCCUAGAUACACGAACAAAGGAUGCAGAGGAAAAACCAACUGAUAACACAUCAAAUGAUGGAUCAGGAGAUGAACAAUCGACGACUUCAUCAAAGAAGGCAACAGUUCAGGAGGAAAUUGCAUUGUUAAAUUUGAAAAAAGGAAAACAGGACAAGUAUCAAACCCUCACCGAUGAAAGAUUCCACUAUGUAAUUUUCUUUGUUGAAUUCACAUCACCUGAAUUCUUCCUCAAGCAACAAAUUCAAAAGAGAAAGGGAGAAACUAAAAUCAUCAAGAGAGUGCCCUUCUCAAACAAAAUGACAUUGAGUAUUUUGGAUUUGACAUAUGGAGAAGAUAAUGCAAAGGAAUUGUGUAGAUUUAAUACAAUUGUAAAUAAUAGAAAGAACAAUUUUGGGAGACAAAUCGUGGGAGGAAUUCAUUACAAACCAAAGCUGGGAUGGAAAUUUAGAUCGAGCAAUGAAUUUCAACCUCUUCCACCAAAGAAACUAAUUGUAAAAUUGGAAAGUGUGGAAGAUAUUCCAUUCUUAUCGGAUGUGUAUAUUUCUCUAUGGUUUAACGACGACAAGUGUAAAACUAAGGUUAUUAAGAGUAAGAACCCUAAAUUUAACGAGAUUUUCGAAUAUGAUAUUACUGGUCCAGAUGCCAAUCCAGAUGUUUGCUAUGCUAUCAUGUUCGAUCAAAUUAAAAUCCUUCUCAAAGAAAAGAAGGCAUUUCAAAAGGAGGAAAAGAGAUUGAUUGGUGAAGUCAUUCUGCCGCCACUGCCCCAAAUCUUUUCAGGAAAUAACUAUGUAUUUGCCUAUACUUUACCACCUCUAGCUAAUAAUACAAGUGAGAAGGAUCGAGUGGAAAGAAAGAAGGGACCAAUUCUCUACUUUUCCUCAGAGUACGGUUUACAAAAUCAAGGUAUAAUUGGAACAUCAAGAGCCAAGAUUGCUAUCUUUUUAUCUUGGUAA